CCCAGCCGUACUUAAAUGAAGCACAUGAGCUCACCCGCAGCAGCGGAUGAAAUAGAAGAAGAAGAAGACGACUUUUGAAAUGUCGGACCCGGCGGCUCAGGCCCAGCAACCCCGGCACCUCCCAGCCCAGUCGGCUGCCGGGUCGACUGGGGCCGGCGCCGCCGCUGCCGCUGCGACCGGUUCUGGUUCGGGUAACAGCGACCCGGCCAGGCCUGGGCUGAGCCAGCAGCAACGCGCCAGCCAGAAGAAAGCCCAAGUUCGAGCUUUUCCUCGAGCAAAGAAGCUCGAGAAACUUGGCGUUUUCUCCGCCUGCAAGGCCAGUGACACAUGUAAAUGCAACGGAUGGAAGAACCCUAACCCCCCCACGGCUCCCCGAGUCGACCUGCAGCAACAAGCCGCCAGUCUGAGCGAGCCUUGCCGCAGCUGUGGACAUGCCCUGGCCGACCAUGUGUCCCACCUGGAGAACGUUUCCGAGGAUGAGAUCAACAGGCUGCUGGGAAUGGUGGUGGAUGUGGAGAACUUGUUCAUGUCUGUGCAUAAGGAGGAGGACACUGACACAAAGCAGGUCUACUUCUACCUGUUCAAGUUGCUGAGGAAAUGCAUCCUGCAGAUGAGCCAGCCAGUGGUAGAAGGAUCACUGGGCAGUCCGCCCUUUGAAAAACCCAACAUUGAGCAGGGCGUGUUGAACUUUGUGCAGUACAAAUUCAGUCACCUUGCGCCCAAGGAGCGCCAGACUAUGUUCGAGCUGUCCAAGAUGUUUCUGCUGUGCCUCAACUACUGGAAGCUGGAGACGCCCACGCAGUACCGGCAGCGAACGCAAAAGGACGACGGCACGGCCUACAAGGUGGACUACACGCGCUGGCUGUGCUACUGCCACGUGCCGCAGAGCAACGACAGCCUGCCGCGCUAUGAGACCACGCACGUCUUCGGACGCAGCCUGCUCAAGUCCAUCUUCACUGUCACGCGGCGCCAGCUGCUGGAGAAGUUCCGUGUGGAGAAGGACAAGCUUCUACCCGAGAAGCGCACGCUCAUUCUGACUCACUUCCCCAAGUUUCUGUCCAUGCUGGAGGAGGAAAUCUACGGGGAAAAUUCUCCUAUCUGGGAGGCCGACUUCACCGUGCCUGCCGCCGAUGGUGCGCAGCUGGGACAUCAGACGGUGAUCAGUCCGGCGGCGGUGUCAGGCUCGUCCGCCCUCUCCAAGGCUCUGGGCGCGGGUUCGUCUCUGGGAGGUCUGGACGCGACGGGUUCGGAGCCAGUUCCAGGUGAGAAGCGUAAACUCGCUGAGGCGCUGACGCUGGAGGACGCAAAGCGCAUCCGCGUGAUGGGGGACAUUCCCAUGGAGCUGGUCAACGAGGUCAUGAUGACCAUCACAGAUCCCGCCGCCAUGUUGGGCCCCGAGACCAACCUGCUGACGCCCAAUGCGGCCCGGGAUGAGACGGCGCGUCUGGAGGAGCGUCGCGGCAUCAUCGAGUUCCACGUGAUCGGCAACUCACUGUCUCAAAAGUCCAACAAGAAGAUCUUGAUGUGGCUUGUGGGCCUGCAGAAUGUCUUCUCGCACCAGUUACCUCGCAUGCCCAAAGAGUACAUAACGCGCCUCGUCUUUGACCCGAAGCACAAGACCUUGGCCCUCAUCAAAGAUGGCCGUGUCAUCGGGGGCAUCUGUUUUAGGAUGUUUCCUACUCAGGGCUUCACAGAGAUUGUCUUCUGUGCUGUCACCUCCAAUGAGCAAGUCAAGGGCUACGGCACACACUUGAUGAACCACCUGAAGGAGUACCACAUUAAACACAACAUCCUCUACUUCCUCACCUACGCCGACGAGUAUGCCAUCGGCUACUUCAAGAAGCAGGGCUUCUCUAAAGACAUCAAAGUGCCCAAGAGUCGCUACUUGGGCUACAUUAAAGACUAUGAGGGAGCCACACUGAUGGAGUGCGAGUUGAACCCCAGGAUUCCCUACACAGAACUGUCACACAUCAUCAAGAGGCAGAAAGAGAUCAUCAAGAAGCUAAUUGAGAGGAAGCAGAAUCAGAUCAGGAAGGUCUACCCGGGCCUCACGUGCUUUAAGGAGGGCGUGCGGCAGAUUCCCGUGGAGAGUAUUCCCGGCAUACGAGAAACGGGAUGGAAGCCAAGCGCCAAGGAGAAAGUGAAAGAAGUGAAGGACCCUGAUGUGUUGUACAACAUGCUCAAGAACCUACUGGCCCAGAUAAAGACUCAUCCUGAUGCUUGGCCCUUCAUGGAGCCCGUCAAGAAGUCUGAAGCGCCCGAUUACUACGAGAUCAUCCGCUUCCCCAUCGACCUGAAGACUAUGACAGAGCGCCUGAAGAACCGCUACUACGUGACCAAGAAGCUGUUCAUCGCCGACCUGCAGCGCAUCAUCACCAACUGCCGAGAGUACAAUCCGCCCGACAGCGAGUACUGCAAGUCGGCCAACACGCUCGAGAAGUUCUUCUACUUCAAGCUCAAAGACGGCGGCCUCAUUGAGAAAUGAGCUUUGUGUUUUUUUUGGGUUGUUGUUGUCGGGUUUUGUUUUUUGCACGGGACUCGAACACGACACAACGCAGUACCAAAGGUUCACACCAGAAACCAAUUUUAUUUAUAACACAUCAUUCCUCUUGUUGAGUCGCCAAAUACUGGACUUGAAAGCCACGUUGCCUUCAGUUGCUGACACACUUGAAGCUCCCGGCUGCGCUUUUUGCUUUCCUUUUGUUGCAAUUUUUUUAUUUAAAUGUGAAAAUAAGAGCACAAAAUGGAGUUAAUGCUAGAAAGUCAACAUGUUUCAAUUAACAUUUUAGGUCUUGUUUGUCACCAACACUGUCACAAUAAUUGUUUUGUUAGUGUUUUCAGCUCCUUUGUGCUUAAAACAUAUAUGAUAGAACAGAGGUUUAAAAAAAAAACAUAAAACAUUUUGUUGUUCCUCUGGCUUAAAAUGUUUGCUUAAAAAGUGCAUUAAUUGGGUGCUACACAAGAAUUUGCUGCCUUCACAUACAUCCAGUAAAAACAAAAUUAUGGUUGUUUUCCACUUGAACCAUGAAACGUUACGUUUGACGUCACAGUUCAAAUGACAAUUACUGUCACUGUAGUACUAUUGAUGACAAUAAAGGUUUUUUUUUUUUCGUUUUCCUCCUCUAA